GAAAAAGUCACUUCCGGUCGUAGCUGUUGCUGCGUUCACAUACUGGUCGGAACUAGGAAAUUCAGAAAUGUCCGACUUGCUAAUAGGUGGUAGUUAUACACGUGCCGCGUUAAAUCAGCUAGCAAGUCGGAAUUUUCGAGUUUCCUAGUUCUGAAUAAACGCGGCAUGUAUACCGCCUAGUCGAAACCACUUAGUUAUGGCGGCGCGCUGUCCAUUUCCGGAUUUGUUUGAAGGCUGUGUUGACGGCGUAUAGUUGGGACUUUUGGCAUAUUUCGUCAACCAACUUCAAUCUGUCAACGUAACUAAGCAAAGUUAGAAGUGCAUUGUUUGGAUUUUAUAAGGACGUUUCCUUUUAUGCACUUUUCUAGCUUGCCAGGGCUAGCUAAACUAGCGACCGGGUACCAGCGAAUGCUAGUUGCUACUCGUUUGGAUUCAUCGCUUUCAUUUUUAAUGACGGUUUAGCUAGUUUGGCUACUUUUUAAAAGGUAUGUUUUCAUUCAUUUUCAGUCGAGUGUGGCGAAAGUGGGAUUUGAACUGAGCACACGAUUGCUAUUAGUCGGUGUCUUUACUUGACCUGCAGGUGCAGGUUCUGGAGGGAAGAGGCUGGUAGAAUACUGUUUCAGUGACAGUCAACAUGCUGAAGACCCGUCAGUGUUUACUUGGCAUUCGCACUUUCCUCGGAGUGACGUCUAGAAUAUGGGGGUUAAUUCUGUACAUACUCAGGAAACAUUUAAGGACGAUAAUCCAGUACCAAACAGUGCGUUAUGACACAUUACCUCUGUCGCCUGUGUCCAGAAACAGACUCAAUGCUGUUAAGAGGAAGAUUCUGGUGCUGGAUCUUGACGAGACCCUAAUUCACUCCCACCAUGACGGGGUGAUGAGACCCACAGUGAGACCAGGCACUCCACCGGACUUCAUCCUAAAGGUGGUAAUCGACAAACAUCCUGUCAGGUUUUUUGUACAUAAAAGACCGCAUGUGGACUUCUUCUUAGAAGUGGUGAGUCAGUGGUAUGAGCUGGUGGUUUUCACGGCCAGUAUGGAAAUCUAUGGCUCAGCUGUGUCUGACCAGCUAGACAAGGACAGGGACAUCCUGAAACGAAGAUACUACAGACAGCACUGUACAUUGGAUCUGGGUAGUUAUAUUAAAGAUCUUUCUGUGGUGCACAACGAUCUAUCUAGUGUAGUCAUCCUGGACAACUCGCCUGGGGCCUACCGCAGCCACUCUGACAAUGCAAUACCCAUCAAAUCGUGGUUCAGCGACCCAAGCGACACAGCUCUUCUUAACCUGCUACCCAUGCUAGACGCACUGAGGUUCACCUCAGAUGUCCGGUCCGUCCUCAGUCGAAACCUCCAUCAGCAUCGGCUAUGGUGAUUCGCCAUCGGUGCUAGCGUCCGCAGCUCCACUUCGUCUUUUUAGAAUGCCUUCUCUGCUGGUUGUUGCACGACCCCCUCCUCUGCUCUGCCCACAUCUCCCUCAGCUCCAUGGUGUGUGACUCUUUUUAAGAAGGGUGAGGACAAAGACUGGGGGCCACAAAUACAGAGGGGGGAGCUACGUAUAAGGAAGGAAAACAAAGUGGAGAGGGCAAACUUUUUAUUUUAAAUUUUUCCUGAAUGGAAACUCUUGCCUUAAAGUCCUUGGAUUCUGGGAGUGCAUUUCGAGUGUUUGUGUAAACGUGAGAGUAUGCUUGCAUUAGGUACAUUUUUUGUUGUUGUUGAUGAAAUCUUUUAAACUAUUGACUAUGGAAAUACUGAUGAUAUGAGACUAUGAAGAAACCAGUCAUUCCUUAUAUCCCAUCACAUCUUAUUAUGGUUUAUUUCCCUAGAACUCAACUUUCUCCACUACUUUACCCAGUCUAUCAUUCUUUCUCAACAUUUCUGUAAAUCUCUUGCUUUUACCAUCUACAACUAAUAGAUAACUGAUCAAGCCUCAAUAGAACUGAAUAUUUACUCAGUGGUUAGUGAUGGACUGGGCCUGGUCAGGUUGGCAAUAUCUUUCAAUUAUUGGGAUGUAUGGAUUUUUACUGAGGAGUUGAACAGGUUGAUAUGAAAUAAUGGAAGUUGCAUCCAUUUGUUCAGAACGUAAUUUUUUUACUCUAAAAUAAAUUGCUGUAUUCUAUUCAGAGAUUUACCAAAAUGACAGAAAUGACUUGAAUGUUGUGUAGUUAAUACAGAAGUAAGAUUUUGACCAUACUUCUCCAUCCACAGAGCAAAGUUACGUUUUAUUUUCAUUUUUAUCAAGCUUUGUAUUCAUGAGCAUGUUUUCUUCCUUGGACUUUUUCAAGCCUGAAUUACACCCAUUCUCUUUCACAUUAUCCCAUUUCCUUCAAUGUAACUCCAACAUCCUGGCCCCAUUGAACAAUGUAAGCUAAGGCCUUGGAUGGGUUUCUGUUGGUCAGACAUCAAGUCUAUCAGUGUUUCCAAUAAAUUGCUUGGCAUCAUA